GGCUAUCCCCCUCCGAGUUCUUGACUUGAUUCUCCUGUUAUUGUCCUGCAAACCCACAUCCCUACAAAGCAGGAAAGUGUGCCUGGGAGAGGCCAUGUGAGUGGGGAGCCAGCCCAAAGCCAGGCGUCCAGGGUCUCCCUCACCUGAAGCUGACUUUUUCCCCACCUUGGACAGAGGGCGAGAGAUGCCAUCCCCACUGAACCCAGUACUUUCACCAGCCAUAUUAGCUCCCACCCACCCCCCUGUCGUGGAAGCCUCGGCUGUCACACCUGCAGGGCCAGGGCGUGCAUGGCCUCAGGGAUGGCCUGUUCAGCUGCUGAGUGACUCGGUCCCGGUGCCUCACCACCUGCUGAGCUCUGUGUGCUUUCUGGGCACUUCUGCUCAUUGCCUUUGGGUUCAGUGAAGAGUCUGGAGUUUAUCCGGAGUGAGGUGGUCGGGCCUUGGUGAGAUCUGAGCAGGACAGCAUCUGGCUCCUUCCCUCGGCUGGUGGCCCUCAGGGUCCGCGUCACACACACCCCAGCUCUCCUGACGGGUCUCUGCACUCGCUGUUGCCUCCGCCUGGAACAGUCUUCCUCCUGGUGUCAUCAUCUCCGUGGUGCGUCCUUCCUGACCUUCCACCUCCACCAGGUGCCAACACUUCCCCGACCCCGGUAUCCUCUUCUUGCCGGUGGGUGAAUGCCACCUGCUGAUGUCUGAUUUAUUCAUUGGUUUUCUUGUCUGUUGUCUGACCCCACCGGGGACAGGGACUGGUCACUCAUGUUCAUCCGGCAGACCAGACACUUCGUGGAGGGCUCCAAAGCUGGCACAUCCCGGGGCCUCCUCUCUCUCUCCCAGGCCCUGUGUGUUGCGGUGAGAGGAGCAUUUGUGUCUCUGUGGUUUGCUGCUGGAGCUAAUGACCUGGAGAGAAACAAGGGAGACAAGGGUGUCCAGACAGGUGCGGGGCUCAGCCAGGAGGCAGAAGACGUGGAUGUGUCCCAGGCAGCGCCACCAGGCACUCUGUGUGGCACUGGGAACAGGAAUUCUGAGAGUUAGUCUGUAAGGGUGGCGGGCAUUGCUCCCCUGGGAGAAGCCUUUCCAGUGGGCGCUGAGCAGGCCAUUAGCUCGUGUCCUGAGGAGGUGCAUGGGUGGCCUGGGGUCUCCACGGAAAUUAUGUGGGCGCGCAUGGGUGUGGCUCUGUGUUCACGUGGGCGAGGACUUCUGACCGGUGCCAGGGCACUCUGCAUGACCCUGGCAGAAUCAAGCUCUCCCGACUGUGGAAGGGGAAGAAGAACAUGCGUGACCCCCCACCAGCACCGCACCCCUCACUGCUCCACCUGGGUGCCUCUGGGGGUGGCUGGGUCCUGGCUGACUGUUGUGACAGUUGAGGCCAGGGGUGGGUGGGGCAUGGGAGUUAAGAGGACUGGCCAGGUGGGGCACACCGUGUGCCCAGCCCCAGUGUCAGGAACUUCCCUCCUCCUCCACCCCCUCGUCCUCCUCCUCCUCAUCAUCCUCACUUGUUGAGGACGUCCUGUGUGCCAGGUGGUUUAUAUGCCCAGCCUCAUUUAAUCCUCAGCAUAACUCCAUGAGUUAGCUGCUAAACCCCCCCCACUUAACAGAUGAGGAAACUGAGGCCCAAAGAAGCUCAGCAAGUUGCCUAAGGUCCAAGUUUCCUCUCCCAACUCUCCUACCCUCUCCUCUUCCUUCUCCUCUCUCCCAUUCUUCCCUGCCUCUUCCUUAACUAGACAAUUUUUUAUCGAGCAUCUCCCAGGUGCAGGCAUGAGCCAGGUGCUGGGAAGAUCACGAUGAUCCAGCUCCUUCUGGUCCUUUCCUUAGCUGGUUAGAGGCUGGGAGGACACACAAGUUCAGCUCCAGCCGACUGGGGCAUUGGUGGUAGCCCCUGGAGAACUUGUGCAAUGGGGCUAUGAGGCUGAAUCUGGCUCCAGGAAAGCAUGUUGCAAUCCACGAGUGAUGUCUGCCAUGCGCACAGGCAUGGAGAGUGAGGCACCUGUGCUGUCUUCUCGUAGACGCUAGACUGGCGGGGCCUCUGAAACGCACCCAGACACUGUGCUGGGUGUGCUGCAUAGCCCUCCUAACCAAUUCAGUAUUUUUCUCUCCAUUUUCCAGGGAGAAAUCAGACUCUAAGGUGUCAGAAUGUAAGGUUCCUGUUGGAACCCAGGCUCCAGGGUCCCUGGUUUUCUGUGACAUCAUGCUGCAGGACCCUGUUUCUCUCUUUGCUUUGGCUGCUGGGUAGCUCGGAAGGGAGCUUUAGGCUUGCUCUCAGGCACCACAUUAGCUCAGGGGUUUGGGCAUUUUUGUCGCCGGCUCCUUUGGGCUCUUUGUCCUCCCUGCUGUGCUUCCCGAGGAGCAGGGCCGGAUGUAAGUUAUCAGCUAUAAAUAAAACCAAGACUUCCGUUCUGGCUCUCACUCUA